CCUCCACCACCCACUCUUAGGGAUUUAUGCUCCCACAAAAUCUCCUCCACACUCCUUCUCUGCGCUCCUAAACCCGCCGCCAUCACCAGAAAACGUGCUGCCACUGGAACUAGCGACAACACUGUCGCUACGACUCUUGCUUUUGAUUUCUGAUUUUGGGUUUUUUCUUAUAAAGGUUUUGAACAUCAAUUGGUUUCAGAAGCAACCAAAUGGGAGCGAUUCUCGAACUAUUUUGCUUUAGAAGGGACAAUUCUGCAAUAAAAUCUUUUGAAUUGUAGAUUUCUCAUUAUGAAUGAAACUGUCAUGCGAAACGAAAUAUAGACACUUAGAGGAAGGGCUCGGAGAAAGAAAUUGUUGUCUCCAAAGGGCAUGGAUGUACGCCCAAUAAUGGAGGUUGUCAAAGGUGCUGCUUUUGGUAUAUUACAGUUGUAGAAUUGCUAUCAGAGGAUGAAAAUUCUCUACCUUUGACUUUGCAACCUCCCAAGUUACCCGGAAGAGAAUUUGGCGAAGCCAAGGGGGAUUCUUUAUUUAGUAAUGCAAUUGAUAUUAGGUUGUCGGAUUUCCAAAGAGAAAGAUUGAAGGCAUUGCUUCAACAAAGUGCGAUUGUCCUUACUGCAGAAUCUGAUAAGGAUUGGGAUGAUCCACUUUUUAGUGUAAUUUGAUGAACAUAUUAUCAACUAGGGGAGUACUUGAACAAGAGGCAUGCUUCGAUGCGUUGAUGUCUAUUAUAUUAGACUCAUCAACCGAUCAAAUGCUAACGUUAUUCGAAACGCAAUGUACGUUAGGCUUACUAUAAUUUCUGUCAUGGUCGUGCCAAGGAGUAUGGUUUAUGUGCAAAGUGUUGUUGCUGUGUGAGCCAAACAAUUGGAAGGCUAUCAAGAACGCUUGAGAAAGGGACGGGACGUCUCUACUUCGCACUUUGUGAAUUUUCAAGCACAAAUCCCUUCGCUCUUUGAUUCUAUUUCACUCUCACAGUCUCUCACACAUUGACUCUGAGAUCACUUUAGCUUCUUCAAUCAGAUGGAAGGGGGGGAAAGUAUACUGGAUGCCUUAAACGAAGAGGAUAACUUUGAAUAUGAUGAAGACAUUGAAAUGGUUGAUGUUGAAGAAUGGGAGUUAGUGGAGGAGAAUUUGCGAAAUGAUUUGGGUCAAAGCAAUGCUGGUGAAGUCAAUGUAAAUAAUCAAGAAUCCCAAUGUAAAAAUCACAAGCGGAGGGCGAACAAGAAGAAGAACAAGCGAAAGAGGAGUGGUCCAGAUCCCAAUGUCACGGACAUAAACACAUUUGUGUUAGAUACAUGCAGACGACUUAAAGAGAAGAAAUCAUACAUGGUUUAUACUGCUGUUGGAUGUUUGGGAAUUUAUGCAUUAUGUGACCUCAUCAAGGAGGUGAAGGCAGUCCAGGCUUGUGGUGGUCAGAUGACUGCAGAUGGCAGACGAUUUCGAACAGGCGGUGGCAUAUUAUGGAGCAUCGUCAAAGCGCGAGAACCAAAAGCGUACAAAGAGAUAAUGAAUAAAGCAAAGGAAUUUGAGAAGCAAUUUAAGCUACCAUAUUCGAAGCAAAAUAGCUGA